UAAAACACAUCUUCAAAUGUUCUCUCACUCAGGCUCAAAGUGUAUCAUACACAACAGGCAUGGCAGGAUUACCCUGGGUUAUUAUGUCAGAGAUAUUCCCUAUAAACGUUAAAGGUUCAGCUGGAAGCCUGCUGAGUUUGGUGAACUGGUCUUGUGCUUGCUGAACAUAGUGGCGGAUGAUGGAGAGGGAGCAGGAAUGAGGGCAGGAACUCGCGCUUGCCACGAUGCAGCGACCUGGAGUUUCGUCCAGAUCUAGCUGUUUCAAACCGCCGCAUCAGAAGCUGCCCCCUCACCACCAAAUCCUCCCAGCUCCCCGUCACUGCCGCAUCGUCGCUGAUCCCCAUCACAGUUUUAUCAGCACCCAAGCAUCUCUCUCCCUCACAUCGUCGCUGCUCCCGUUCACCGCUCCCCGUCACCGCUCCCCAUCUCCGUCCGUCAACAGAGAUUGCAGCCCCGACGUCGAUCUACACAUCCGUGUAUCCCUCCUCACAGAUCGAUCUCCGACGCAAGCUCUCCGUCACCGAUCCCCGUCACCGCUCCCACAGAUCGAUCCCUCACCCGCAUCGAUCUAACCCCUUUUUUUUUUUUUUUUUUUUUUUUUUUUUUUUUUUUGGCCCCUGUUGUAUCUCUCUGUCCCUCAUCACAGGUUGUCCCUAAACACGCGGAGCCUUCGCCACCGACGCAGCAAAGCCACUCCUCGCCGGACUCUACCAUCCAACUGAACAAAUGGGCUAUCAGGACAACAUGAAUCACGCAAGGAAGCUCUCCUUGCAUCGGUGAUGGUCGGUGGGUUUCGAUGAAAUGGACCGAGAAACGGUCAGAACAAAGCUUACCACAGUCAGGUCAGGUCUCAGAAAUUUUAGAUUCAAUUUCGUAUUCUAUUAUUUGAUGAUCACAAGAACUCUAGUUGCAUUCCCGGCGUGCGCAUAGGCUAGUGUAGAUGGUGACCGGAUGAAAUUUACUUUUCUUGUAUGUUUUUCGUGUUCUCCGCAAUUGCAACUGAAGGCUUCUGUACUGCUGGGAGCAUUGGGAAAAUUUUUAUUUGAGUAUUCAAGCAUCAGAUGGCUGUUUGCCCCUGGGCAUUCUUGGGAGGCAUAGACACGGCCUCUGCGCCUCCUCCAACAGCCCCAAAAUCACGCACUUUUGCAUCUAUCCUCGCUAACUCAACAGAGGCUGCUAUAUCUCUCAGCCAACUACCAUCUCCGGUUGUUCGUGGGGAUAAAAUUUAUGUCAAGAUCAAUGAAUCCUUAUACCAGGAGCAAUUAAAGCAAUUCAAAACCAAUCUUAUUGGUCGUCUUCUUCUUCGUAAGGGUUCUAAACCUCUUAAGGCUGAUGCCCUAAAAGGGCUGCUUGCUGCUCUCUGGCAGCCCUCAAAGCCAUGGCGUCUGGUUCCUCUCGGUAAAGGCUACUUUGACAUUCAUUUUGCCACUGAAGAGGAUCUCCGUAGGGUAUGGAGUGGAGGUACUUGUACUCUUCCUGAUGGAAUUUUUCGCCUAACUCAGUGGAAACCGGACUUUGUACCAGGAGAUACCUUUCCUCAAACUCAUGCUCAAAUUUGGAUUAGGAUUUAUGGGCUGAGUCAAGAUUAUUGGCACCAACAACAUCUUAUGGAAAUCGCUCGGGGUGUCGGAACUCCAUUGCAAAUUGACAAAGCCACAAGGGAAAGACAAUUCGGGUACUUUGCUCGAGUCUUGGUUGAUGUGGAUCUUGCAGGGGACUUACCACCUUCUUUGAUGGUUGAGCGGGAAACUCAUUGUUUUCCGAUUGAAGUGGUCUAUGAGAAUGUGUGUACUCAUUGCGGGAAGGUUGGCCAUAUGGUUGAUCAAUGCAGGUUCUUGAAGAGCUCUAACAAUGAGCAAAAUGCUCAAGAACAUAAGGUUGUUAAAAAGCCUUCUCGCAUUGGGCGUCAAGAGUAUCGUCCCAAGACGGCUGUAAACAAUGUCUCUGAGCAAAAUUUGGACACUAUCCCUCAGGUGCAACACUCCCCUGAGGUUGCAAACCAUGAUCAGAUUACUAAAUUUGCAGAAGAUGUUCUCACUGAGGCCGUUGACCAGGAACUGGAUCGUAUUGCUGAUCUGGUCAUUAAUGAACCCAUUAUCAACAGGAAGCCUGAAAGUUGUAAAGGCAACAUGUCUCCUCUUAUCAACAAGAAUAAAUUUGCCAUCCUUGCAAGCAAGGAAAUUGAAGCAGUGGUUGACAUUAUUCCUAAGGAAUUUGCUCAAGUUGUUGGAACAACUACUUUGGAGGUCCCUACGGUUCAUAUUACUGAUGAGGAUGAUGAGGAUGAGGAAGUUGACAGUGAUAAUGAAAUGUGUGAUGAAGAGGUGAACUCCAAUAUGGAGCAAAAGACUUACAGCCCCCAGCCAACCAAUUCUCCACAGAGUGGUCAGAAUUGGCAUGAUAUGGUGGAAGAGGAAAAUCUGAUUGAUCUGGUUGAUUUACCUACGGGUGUUCCCCCGGGAUUUGAACAUGUUGCAACUUUAGCCAAGGAUGUCGCAUUAAUUACUGGUCAAGGAGUUAAUGAAAAUACUGAAAAUGGUUUCACACCGGUUAUCUCCAGGUCUCAACAGAAAAAACAAAGACGACAAGCUACCCAAGCUCUUGAUCGUGAAACUCCUUACCCAAAGAGGGACAGAACAAAGAAUAAAAAGUACAAUCAAUGAAGGUUCUUUAUUGGAAUAUUAGGGGAAUAGGAAACAAUGACUCCCAAUCCGAGCUUUCUAAUAUUUGCCAUAUUCACAAACCAGAUCUUGUUUGCAUUGCUGAGCCAAAGAUAAAGUUCACCUCAAUUUCAGCAGUUUUUUGGU